AUGUUUGACCUGUCGCUUCGUCGGGGCUCAAUUCCUCUUAGUGGCAAAAGUCUGUUGCCUAGGCGACCGCCCUCUAGUGCAGGCUCACUUGUCAAUAGGCUUAAUGCGACAAUCCAGAGAUCUGGUCCCUCUGUGUUUCCCUUCCCUCCUGUCUCUAGGAGCCAGUUGCACUUGCCACUCUCUAUUCAGCCUCAUCACCAGCCGUCUCUCUAUUCAGGUUUAGCUCGUACUGUCCAACAGACUCAACAGCCACAACGUCAACAGCGCCAGUAUCACACUUCUUCUAGUCUUCCUUCCGCGCCCCAAACUUCAUCUUUGAUCUCCGGGCUUUCUGGACACCAUGUGCAGCAACAGCAGCAGACCUACGCCUAUCCCCAUCACCAUCACAUCCAGCAACCUUGUGUUGAUUACUACAACUCUACAGCCUUUCUGAACCUAGGCAUUCAAGGAAGCAGUCUUGUCAGUCUUUCCGGUGCAGAGAGUGGGCUUGGCGCGAGCCAGCUUACCACUUUACCGAUUAGUGGCAACCACGAGACCAGUCAGUCGGGACCAGGUUUCAUACCUUGGGGCGCCCAAGCAACUAGUAUUGCCGGGAAACGCGUUUUGGGGACUACGAUUGAGAACUGGACUUCACUAUCUAAAUCAGGCGGUAGGUUAUACAUACACAUAUCCGUACAGUUAUAUUCUCGAACUUGGUCACAACUGUACAGAUGGUUUUUGUCGCUUUACUUAUGCAGUAUGCAAAAGGUGGACUUAGAAUAG